AUGGCAGCAGCAGCCACCACCUCAUCCAUGGCGGCAACUGCCGUCUUCAGUACAAGACUCACUACUAAUUGCUCUGCUUUACCCUAUUUGCCUCCUCCUCGCUUGUCUACUUCCUCGGCUUUUUCUUCCAUUUCCCUUCGGAAGAUUUCAGACGCAAAGAGGACUUCAUUGCUACGUGUCAAAGCUUCAGAGGAUUCAUCUGCAGUUGACACUAGUGAACUACUUUCAGAUCUCAAGGAAAAGUGGGAUGCAGUUGAGAACAAAUCCACUGUAAUUAUUUAUGGAGGUGGUGCCAUUGUUGCAGUUUGGUUGGCUUCAAUUGUUGUUGGUGCAGUCAACUCAGUCCCAUUGUUACCCAAGAUACUUGAGUUGGUAGGGCUGGGAUAUACAGGAUGGUUUGUGUACCGAUACCUUCUCUUCAAGGGGUCCUUGAUGAACUAUUCGCCUGAUCAAUAUCUUCCUGUUGGGUGUCCCUUUGAACUGCAGUCAAGUAGAAAAGAGUUGGCAUCGGAUAUCGAAGCUUUGAAGAAGAAAAUUGCUGGAACCGAAUAA